CAUUUCUCUCUCUAUAUAGAGGUAUCACGUUGUUUGUGUUGGCCACUCUCUGCAUAUUCCCUCUGUUACGUAGUACUGAAAAACCUCACUCACUCCCUCAACAAUGGUGGGUCAAUGCAUUUUGGGUCUGUCCUCGUCGGAGGAGGGAGGAGGCAGCGUCGAGAGCCGCCGCUACUUCCAGUGUCGGAAGACGGUACUGGAGAUGCUCCGAGACAGAGGCUACGACGUUCCACUCACAGACCUCAACCUCUCGCUUUCUGAGUUCCGCUCCCGCUUCGGCCAACAACCCAACCCUCAAACCCUCGGUGUCUGCGUUUCUCAUCGCUCUCGUCCCUCCAACAAGGUGCAAGUUGUGUUUGCAGGAACUGAUCAAAUUAAGAAAGGAACUAUCAGUGGCAUAUGUGACCAGAUUGUGGAUAGAGAAAGAUUGACCAGGCUGAUACUUAUUGUGCAAAGUAAAAUGACUUCAUUUGCACUGAAAGUUUUGGAACAAAAGCCAUACAAAGUUGAGAUUAUAAAAUUGAGUGACUUGCUGGUCAAUAUAACAAACCAUGUGCUGCAGCCUAAAUAUGAGAUACUGUCUGCUAAUGAGAAGCAAAAACUGCUCAUGAAGUAUAAGUUGGAAGAUAAACAGCUCCCUUACAUGCUAAGAACUGAUGCCAUAGCUCGUUACUAUGGGCUGGAAAAAGGACAAGUCAUCAAGAUCACUCACAGUGCUGACAUGGUUAAUUCUCUUGUAACUUAUCGCUGUGUCCUGUGAUACUUAUAUCACCUUAUCCUGCUAUGCAUGAAAACAGUGACAAAUGGAUAUAUUUGUUUUGGUACCUAACAUGCUCAAAUUGAGCACAAAAGUUGACUUGUGUUUAGCAAAUUAUAUUGCGUAUGAGUUGUGUUUUCUGUAAAUGUUGAAACGUCAACCAGGUCUUCUUUUGUUUGUUUACUUUAGUAAA